GCUGCCAUGAGGGAUCUUCUUCAGUAUGUUGCCUGCUCCUUGGCCCUUUGCUCCACUGCGUUUUUGAUUGUGGCGACCUGGACCGAUUGUUGGAUGGUGAACGCUGAUGACUCUCUGGAGGUGAGCACAAAGUGCCGAGGCCUCUGGUGGGAGUGCGUCACAAAUGUGUUUGAUGGGAUUCGCACCUGUGAUGAGUAUGACUCAAUCUAUGCAGAACAUUCCUUGAAGUUGGUGGCAACCCGAGCACUGAUGAUUACCGCGAACAUCCUUGCUGGAUUUGGAUUUAUCACCCUCCUCCUGGGUCUUGACUGUGUGAAAUUCCUACCUGAUGAGCCACACAUUAAAGUCCGCCUCUGCUUUGUUGCCGGGACCACAUUACUUAUUGCAGGUGCCCCUGGAAUUGUUGGUUCUGUGUGGUAUGCUGUGGAUGUCUAUGUCGAGCGUUCCUCUCUAAUUAUACACAAUAUAUUUCUUGGGAUCCAAUAUAAAUUUGGCUGGUCCUGCUGGCUUGGAAUGGCUGGGUCUUUGGGUUGCUUUUUGGCUGGAGGUCUCCUUAUCUUCUGUUUGUAUCUCUUUAAAGAUGUUAUACCGGAAAGGAACUAUUCCUUUGCCAUGAGGAAGCGCUAUUCCACGGCAGGUACUUCCGUGGUGAGGUCCUACAUGGCCCCUCGGACAGAGACAGCCAAAAUGUAUGCUGUAGACACCAGGGUGUAA